AUGUACCCUGGACAACAAUAUAACCAGCAGAAACAGAAUCAGGGUUACCCUGGCUCUCAACAGCAAGCAUAUCAACAACCACCACCACCAACUUCGUAUGGUGGUUUCGCACCACCCCCCUCACAACCUUCACCCGGGGGCUUCAUCUCUCCAACUGGACCACCACUUCCAUUUUACGGUGCUCCUCCUCAAGGUGGAUACCCGCCCAUAGGAAACUACGGACCUGGAGGCUUCGCACCACCAGGUGGUGGCGUUCCACCAGUUGGUAAUUCUGGAGGUUUCGCGCCACCAGGUGGUGGCAUUCCACCAGUUGGUACUUCUGGAGGUUUCGCACCACCAGUUGGUGGCGUUCCACCAGUUGGUAAUUCCGGAGGGUUUGUUCCACCAGGUGGUAAUUCCAGAUCACCAUAUCCCGGCCAACAAGGUCAGCAAUACGCUCCACCAGCAUAUCAACAACCUCCAAAUUCAAUUCAUAAUGCUGGUCCGCACCCUGUGCCUUAUGGUCAGCCGCCUAGUAAUCAACCUGUUCCGGAUGGUUUUACUGUACACCAUAACCCGCAUGCAUCGCAGGCAGCUCCUAACUUUCAGUUGUCGAAUUGCACUGGUCGAAAACGAGCAUUAUUGAUUGGAAUUAAUUAUUUUGGCACCAAAGCCGAACUGAGAGGUUGUUUAAAUGAUGUCAAGAAUAUUAAAAAUUUCAUCAUGGAAUAUUAUAAUUUCCGAGAGCAGGAUAUGGUAAUAUUGACCGAUGACAAAAAAGAUCCAAAGAUGAUACCAACACGAGCAAAUAUUAUUGCUGCAAUGCGUUGGCUGGUAAAAGGAGCUCAGCCAAAUGAUUCUUUCUUCCUUCAUUACAGUGGACAUGGUGGUCGCGCAAAAGAUCUUAACGGUGAUGAAGACGAUGGCUACGAUGAAACAAUCUGUCCAGUUGAUUUUCAAACUGCCGGUCAACUUGUUGAUGACGAAAUGCAUGAUAUUUUAGUGAAGCCUUUACCAGCUGGUGUUCGACUUACAGCAAUCUUUGAUUCUUGCCAUUCUGGCACGGCAUUAGAUUUACCAUACAUAUACUCAACAAAAGGUGUCAUCAAAGAACCUAACUUGCUAGCAGAAGGAGGUAGUGUUCUAUUAAACGCAGGAAUGUCUUAUCUGCGUCGUGAUUACAAGGGUAUCGCCGAUAGUCUAAAGAGUUUCGGGAAGAAGGCAAUGUCUGGAAAUAAGAUUAACGAAAAAAAUAAGCAACAGAAAUCGAGUCAGGCAGAUGUGCUUAUGUUUAGCGGGUGUAAAGAUAUUCAGACAUCAGCUGAUGCUCACGAGGGAGGCGAGAAUACUGGUGCAAUGUCAUAUGCAUUCAUCAGUUCACUCAGAAAGAACCAAAAGGUUUCCUAUCAACAAUUACUAUCUAUGAUUCGAGACAUUCUCGCAUCAAAAUAUUCACAAAAACCUCAACUGAGCGCAUCUCAUCCGAUGGAUAUGAACCUCAUGUUCAUGAUGUGA